AAGUAUUUGAUCAACAUUCGCCAGUGGAUGUUGAGGUCUUUUAUCGCGUCUUGCGAAAGUUUAAUAUGCUUCUCGAUUUUAAUGUUGUAAGCGGUAUUGUACCUCCAGUCAGGUCUCGAAAAAUAAUUUUUAUACACCUGCAGGCAAAAAAUGUUUUAAAUCCUGCCAAACAUGACUGAGUUGCUCGUCUUGGAAUGGCUCCAAAUUUUGCAGGCGUCUUGGACAGUGAGAGAUUCCCCACUUUUGUCACAACUUGGAACGAGCGAUAGGAAUCUUGUCAUGGGAACGGAAAAUCCUGAGCCUCACCUGCAGGAACGCUUCGAGGGAUGCUGUGCCGGUAAUUCCGACCUUCUGGAAGCAAUUCGCCGAGUAGAAGAACUAGAACACUCGUGCCACAGUUGGAACUGCGCCGGUGAAGAAGAUGUUUUCCAUGCUCCAGAUAACGUGGCCAGUGAUAGUUCUGAGAGUGUCUAUAGAAAGCAACAAGUGCACGAUUCUAGGAAUACGAUUAUUACUCACACAACUGAAAGGCAAACAGACACAGCCACCGUCCGUUCACCGACCCUAGCAAACAGUCGUGGCUCGUUGGCGUCGCUUUACCUCGGCCAGUCCAUUGAAGCAAGUUCGUUCUGCUCGUUUCUCGCCUACAAGAUCAUCACCGAACCCAAAGCCGCGGUGCCGGUGCUGCUUGCGCUUAAUGCCACCACAUUCUGCAAGACUCAGUUCAACUGCUCCGCCGUGCAGACUCAAAAAACAAUGGUAACGUUGUACGGCUGGCAGUGGACGGAAGUGCCUCCGUUGGUUCUGAAAGGAAUUUCUGAAGGCUUCCUCUUCGAACUCUCAGAAGAUUUCGUUGCGAACCACGUGCAGCACCGCCUUCUGGAGCAUCCUUCCGCGUGUCGCAUGGAGUCUUCUUAGAAUUUAGAAAUCUGAUGUUAUCCUGUUAUUUUUGUCAAUAUUCAUCACCUAAUCUCUCUGAACAAUUGGUGCAUAAAUAUGGUUUAUCUUCUAUGAACAAUCGGUGAAAAUAUGGCACUGACAAAGAACAAUUUGGGAUCGCUCUGUGUCCGAUGCCGUGGUUUUACUAUGGAUAUUUUAUCAAAUAUAAAAAAGUAUGGUGCUAAAAUACUGAUGUAUAAGCUACGCACAGCUUCAUUGGUGUCUCAAAUGAAGCAAAUAAUACUUCGGUUGAACCAUUUUCUAUUUUAAAGAAAUUCUUAGUCGUACUUGGUGCCCAUAAAAUUAGCGAAUAAGGUUAAAAAGCCUUACUCCUGUAAUGCUAUUUUGAGAACGUGUAAAAUUUGGAGACUGAAAUUUCUCAUUUAUGGAAAAAUGCACUAUUGUG